AUGAAGAACAAAACCAUAACUUUAUUUUUUAAAAGAAAGAAUCAAGAAAAACAAGUAGAAGGAACUGAUGAUGAAGAACAACAAGAGAGUAAACGUCAAAAAGCUUCAACAAGCGAACCGGUUAUUGGUCUAGAUACUUGUAAUCAACAAAUUCCACAAGCUAACAUCAAUGAAGUGGAUGUUAGUAGCCUAGAAAGAGAUCCUGCUAAACGACUUGAAAUGUGGAAAUAUCCGGUUAAGGUACGUGAGCAAGUAAGGCUAGCAUAUAUAUCAUUAGGAGUGUAUCAACCUAAUCUUGAAGUGUAUAAGCUUAGAGGUCCAAAGAAUAAUCUUCGUCGAUUUAAAUAUGCUUGUUGUGAAGAACUUGACAAUUGGAAAAAGGUUGAUGAUGGGAAUAAUUGUCCUUUUUUGAAGCACAUUAAAUCUUCAACACACAAAAAGGCAUUUGUGUUUGCUACUAAUUUAGUGAAUCAAGAAGCACACAUUCAAAAUUUCAUAGAAAAACAAAGUGAAGAGAAAAUAAGGAAAAACCGUUUAAGAUCGAAUGGUACAAUUGAUGUAGUUCGUUGGUUAACAUACCAAGCUUGUGCUUUACAAGGAAAUGAUGAAUCUUCCAAUUCAAAGAAUCAAGGUAACUUUCUUGAAUUGCUAAAACUAUUAGCUUCUUAUAAUGAUGAUCUUGCAAAUGUUAUUUUGGCAAAUGCUCCUAAAAAUUCCAAGUAUACAUCUUCCGAUAUUCAACAAGAAAAUCUUAAUAUUAUGGCAAAUAAAGUGAGAAAGUAUAUACGGGAAGAAGUGGGGGAUUCUUGGUUUUGUAUCAUGGUUGAUGAGUCACGAGAUGAAUCCAAAAAAGAGCAAAUGGCCAUAGUCUUAAGAUUUGUUGAUGCGAAAGGGGUGAUACGAGAAAGGUUCUUGGAUAUAGUUCAUGUAGAAAAUACUGUUGCGGUGACUUUAAAGGCUAGUUUGUGGAAUAGACUUUUCAAUCAAAACUUUGAUACUGGAAAAAUUCGUGGUCAAGGUUAUAAUGGUUCUAGCAAUAUGAGUGAGGAAUGGAACGGAUUACAGGCACUCGUUCGACAGUAUAAUCCUUAUGCAUAUUACGUUCAUUGCUUUGCUCACAAGUUACGACUUGCCUUAGUUUGUGUCUCAAAUGAAGUUGAUCUAGUACACGAGUUAUUUGAUAAAUUAGCUUAUGUAAUAAAUGUGGUUUGUGCUUCUAGUAAGCGUCACGAUGAGUUACGAAAAGCGAUGGCAAUUGAGAUUAAAGAAUUACUAGAGUUUGGUGAAAUCAAAUUGGGAAAAGGAAAAAACCAGGUCGGGACAUUAAGAAGGUCCGGGGAUACACGUUGGGGUUCCCAUUAUAAUUCCAUUUGUAGUUUGAUUAACAUGUUUGGUGUCACCCGGGCUGUUCUCAAGGGAAUAAUGGACAACACUACUCAUGAUACCUGUCCUCAACGUGGAAAUGCUCAAGUGGCUUAUACUCACUUGAAAUAUGACAUAGAGCAGCCCGAUAUGAGAGCUCCAUAUAAAUCUACCCAGUAUCGGCCUCGUAAAAAUGAUCUUCAUGUUACAUUUGAACAUUUUUACCGAGUAGAUUUGUUUAUGGAGACAUUGGAUAAACAAAUACAUGAGAUGGAUUGUAGAUUCAAUGAGCAAUCAGUAGAGUUGUUAUCUCUUUGUGCGACUUUAUGUUCAAAAAAGAUUAAUAUUGGUGACAUUGUUCUUCUUGUUGAGAAAUAUUAUCCUAUGGACUUUAUUGAGCAUGAGAGAAAUCAAUUAAGAUGUCAACUGGAGACUUUUCAAGUUGAAAGGAUAAAUAAUGCCAAGCUAAGUAAGGCAGAAACCCUAUCUGAUCUCUGCCAAACUCUUGUAGAAACUGGGAAAAAUAGCAUGUAUGAUUUGGUUGAAAGAGUAUGUCGGCUACUCUUGACACUUCCGGUUUCGACUGCAACAACAGAGAAGGGAUUUUCGGCAAUGAAGAUAUUCAAGACUCGCCUACGUUAUAAGAUGUCUGAUGACAAUCUAGCAAACAGUAUGGUGAUUUACAUAGAAAAAGAAAUUGCUAGCAAGUUUGAUGCGGAGUCCAUAAUUGAAGAAUUCAAGGUUCUUAAAGGUCGAAAGGCUGAACUCUAA